AGGGCGUGGAGGGGCUGCUCCUCUCGCCGCCCCCCACCCAUCGCCACUUCGCACGCAGAGCCGGGGCAGCCGGCCGGCCUGCGCGACCCCCGCCCGCCUCCCGGUCCGAAUUUCCACGUCCUUCCUCCUUCGCUCCUCUCUCUUCGGUCCCUGGCCCCGGCGAGAACGCGCUGCAGAGCGGCGACUCGCAGGUUGGAGUUUGCCCUCGUGUGCGCAGCGUCACAGGCGGGGAGGAGAAGGGAGGGGGGGCGGCGGGGGCUGGGUGGGAGCUGGAGCCGGGCGGUCCUGGGCGCCCCGAGACGCCGCGGGGAGAGGCCACCCCCGGAGCCGCCGGCACGGCUGCAGCCAGGGCCGCCUCCCCCUCCCUCCUUUCCUCCUUCGCUCGGGCUGCGCGCCCGCCCUCGGCCUCCCCGCCCUUACUCCACCCCCUUCCCCGGGCCGACCCCCAUCCUCUCCUUCUGUGUGUGCGCUUUAAAUAAUUUCAUCCUUUUUGGCAAGGGAAAUAAUGCACCUGACUUUACCAGGGAGAAACAACAAGCCAAGCAGAACAAGGAACAGAUGUAAAAGGAAUAAAAGGAGAGAGAAAAAGAGAUGAGACUCAUUGAAAGCAAUCCAGGGUCUGAGGAGGUGGCUGCAGCGGCAGAGGCAGCUAGCGCUUCCCUGUCUGCGUGAGCGGCAGGCGGAGGACGUUUUCACCAGUUGCAGCCUGAACCUCGGGAACUCCUGGGUCUGUUGGUUUGCCAAACAAAGUCUUUUUUUUUUUUUUUUCUUUCGCCCAGACACUGAAGAGGCUCCUGGAUUUUUCUGCCAGCCCUCCACAAGCUGGCAGUUACCCGGGAGCCUUCCCCAGGAGCUGGCGGAGAAAUGAGCCCUUCUGGGAGGAGGAUGGGCAAAGGGCACCGGCAGCGGGGGGCUCCGGCCACGAGGCGCCUUCUGAUGCCAGGGAGGAGAGGGUCGCCCCGCGGGCUGCCGGGCGGCGGCGGCGGCGCCACGGGGGCUCAGCGCUUCCUGCUCGGGCUCUUCUUGCACGCGUGGCUGUGGGCGGCUUCGGGCUCAUCUGCCCAGGUGUUCAACCUCAGCCUUUCUGUGGACGAAGGACUUCCUCCGGACACUCUAGUAGGAGACAUCCGCGCCGGGCUGCCCGCUGCACAGCAGCAGGAGGCGGGCGGCUUCUUUCUAUCCGAGGAUUCCGAUGACUCACCACUGUUGGACGACUUCCACGUGCAUCCGGACACCGGCAUCAUCCGCACGGCGCGGUGCCUGGACCGCGAGCAGCGGGACCACUACAGCUUUGUGGCCGCCACGCUGCUGGGAGCCGUGGUGCAGGUGGAGAUCCUGGUCAACGACGUGAACGAUCACUCCCCCAGCUUUCCCCGCGACUCCCUGCAACUCGACGUUUCCGAGCUCAGCCCUCCAGGUACCGCCUUCCGCCUGCCAGGUGCCCACGACCCGGACGCCGGCCUGUUCAGCACUCAGGGCUACACCUUGGUGCAACCGUCCGCCCUUCCCGAGGACCCCGCGGGACCGUUCUUCCAGUUGCGCUACGGAACUCCCGGGUCACCGCCGUCGCCACCGUCGUCGUCGCCCCUGGAGCCCCUGGACCUGGUGCUGCUGCGGCGUUUGGACCGGGAGGCGGUGGCUGCGCACGAGUUGCAGAUCGAGGCAUGGGACGGCGGCCGCCCGCGGCGCACGGGCCACCUGCGUGUGGAGCUGCGCGUGCUGGAUGAGAACGACAACCCCCCGGUCUUCGAGCAGAGCGAGUACCGCGCCGCCGUGCGGGAGGACGCUCGGCCGGGAGCCGAGGUCUGUCGCGUUCGCGCCACCGACCGUGACCUGGGGCCCAAUGGCCACGUGUACUACAGCAUCCGCGCCCGGCAGGCGCUCGGGCCACUGGGCGAUGCGGCCUACUUCGCCGUGGAGGAGCUGAGCGGCGUGGUGCGGGUGCAGAGGCCGCUGGACCGCGAGGCACAGGCCUGGCACCAGCUGGUGGUAGAGGCCCGCGACGGAGGGGCCGAGCCCGAGGUCGCCACUGUGCGCGUGUCCAUCGCGGUGCUGGACGUGAAUGACAACCCGCCCGCCAUUCACCUGCUCUUCCUUACCGAGGGUGGGGCGGCGCGCGUUUCCGAGGGCGCGGCCCUCGGCGACUACGUGGCUCGAGUCUCCGUGUCCGACGCGGACGGGGAUCCCGAGCAGGAAGAGGAGGCCAUCUGGGAACCCGGCGUGGGCCUCGGAAGCGGAAGCAUCUCGUUGUCCUUGGAGGGCGGAGAUGGAGCCUUCGCGCUGCGCUCUGGUGGCUCCCCGGGGGUAUUUUUCCUUUGCGUCGAGGGGCCCCUGGACCGUGAGAGCCGCGACCUGUAUGAUUUGCGACUGGUGGCCACGGAUGCGGGCUCCCCGCCGCUGAGCACCGAGGAAACGCUGCUGCUCCGGGUCGCCGACCUCAACGACCAGCCGCCUGUCUUCAGCCGGGAGCAUUACUUGGCCUCGGUGUCAGAGGCCGCGGCCCCCGGCACCGCGGUGGUGUGGGUCAGCGCCUCUGAUGCGGACGAGGCUGGCACCGACCACGCCCGGCUGCGCUACGCACUGGUCCACCUUCCCGUUCACUGCAACCCAGAAGGUGUGUGGCCUGCAGCGGAGUGCGGACCGUCCUUCACUAUUGAUCCUGAAAGCGGCGUGAUCAGCACCAUCCGGAGUCUGGACCGAGAGGUCCAGGAGGCAGUAGAGUUGAGAGUGGUAGCCCAGGACCUCGGAGAACCCCCACUCUCUGCCACCUGCCUGGUGAGCAUCACCGUGGACGAUGUGAAUGACAACGAGCCCAUCUUCAGGAGGCAGGUGUACAACGUCACCCUUGCGGAGCAUGCCCCAGUUGGACACUGCUUUUUGCAGGUGAGUGCAUCAUGCUUCUGGAUCAACCUCUGGAUUCCAGGAAGGCCUGGGAAGGGAGGUCAAGAUUAAGUCUAUCCAGGGAAGGAACAUUGUGACGUAGGUGGUUGUAUCCUGGCUCCAAAGCAAGGGGGCAUGAACUCCAGUUCUUCUCUACAGUGAGAUGAAUGGCACCUUCUGGGCACCUAACUUUGCUGUCAGGGGCUUGCACUGUAUGAUCUCUAAGGUCCUUUCUACUUCACAUAUUUGGAUCCUGAUUUUGCUUAAAGAAUCCCAGUUUCCUUUGUGCAGGAUAUGUGCUGCCACAUGGAUUUGGGAGGAACCACUCACUCCCAAACAGUAUGCAAAUGGCAGUGUCUCAUAUUUUCGAGCAUCACUGUGUGGCAUCUUAGGGAAAUAAAGGGGUCCUCAAAAAAUUUUUUCUUUUCAAAUACAGUGCCUACCUUUAGACGUUGAAACUGAUUGAGUAACCAUUUCCAGAGUUUUCUUACACGUUUUCCUACCUUCGUUUAGAGGCUUACAAAGGCUAGUUGAGGGCAGUAAGUCAUUUUUUUUUUUAAAUCAGUUGUGAGUUGAGUUCCUUAAGGACUCUGAGAAAUAGUGGGGCUCAGUUAUAAAAUAGGGACUCUAUACCUUGCUUUUUGGAGAUUCUGAUCUCUCCUUUACCUUCAGAAUGUUGUGAUUUGGCCCCUUCUAGCACCAUCUUUAUUGCUUCAAAUUUCCUUUUCCCUUCCCUUCCCUUCCCUUCCCUUCCCUUCCCUUCCCUUCCCUUCCCUUCCCUUCCCUUCCCUUCCCUUCCCUCUUCACUUCUUUCUUAUUGAAGUAUAGUUGACACACGUUACACUAGUUUCAGGUGAACAACAAGUGAUUUGACAAACUGUAUACAUUAUGCUAUGUUCACAAGUGUAGCUACCAUCUAAUGCUCUACAACACUAUUACAAAACCAUUGACGAUAUUCCCUAUAUGGUACAUUUUAUCCCCAGGACGUCUACACUCAGUAGUUAGAAGCCUGUAUUCCCAUUCCCUUUCACCCGUUUUGCCCAUCUCCCCAUCCACCUCCCCUCUGGGUGGGAAUUUAAAUAGGUGCACCCAAUGUGAACACUGUAUAGAGGUUCCUCAAAAAAGUAAAAAUAGAAUUAACAUAUGAUCCAGUACUGGGUAAAGUAAAUGAAAACCCUAAAUAGAAAAGAUGUAUGUACCCCUAUGUUUAUUGCAGCAUUAUUUAUAAUAGCCAAGAUAUGGAAGCAGCCUAAGUAUCCAUCAAUAGAUGAAUGGAUAAAGAGGAUGUGUUACACACAUGCGCACACACACACACACACACACACACACAGUGGAAUAUUAUUCAGCCAUAAAAAGAAUGAGAUCUUGACCUUUGUGACUACAUGGGAGAACCUAGAAGGUAUUAUGCUAAGUGAAAUAAGUCAGACAGAGCAAGAUACCAUAUGAUUUCAUUUAUAUGUGGAAUCUCAAAAAACAAAACAAAGAAAGCAGAAACAGACCAAUUUCCAAUUUCUUAUCUGAUUUGAGAUAAACCAGAUUUCUAAGAUUGAUUUAUUUACUCCAAGAUAACUUGAAUAAAUACAUACAGCCUAGAAGGCUAACUGGUGAGUGAACCUCUAAAGCUUUAUUUAGUUCUCAGGCUGGGUUAUUUUAAGAUCUCUAUUGUUUCUUUCCUGGUUCUCAGGGGAGUAGGGCCUUAACUUUUGCAGGUUGUGUCUCAAAUAAUAACCUUUAGAUAACCAGGAUGCUACUAUAUUAUAAAAAUGAAUUUCAUGACUCCUUCUAUUUUUUUAAUCCUUUGGAUCUGUGGGCGAUAAUAAUCUCCAUUUCUUUCCCUAGCAUGAUUGGCAGUUCUCUGAGUUGCUAGGUUAUUCAAAGAAGGCUUGAGAAUCAAUUAAUGCUUGCUGUUGAAACAGACAAAUCCACAAAUGUCAGUGAGUACCACAGUGAAAGUUUAUCUACUUGUCAAGCAAAUUUUGAUACAAUGCGAGUUGGCUGGUCUUCCUCCAUCCAAGGUAGGGCUGGGCCUGGGAGUGAGUGACUUAGAUCCCGUCCACCAAUGUUCCAUUGGCCAGAACUCAGCUAUGUGGCCUCAGGUGUACCCCAAAGGAGGCUGACGAAUGUAAAGGAGUACAUGGAUGCCAGCGUGCACUGAUCCUUUCUGCCAUGGAUUUCUAAAAAUGAAUUCAUAAUAAGUGAGAGGUUGGACUUGAUGAUUUCUAAGAUUUCUUCCAUCUGGAAGACCUUGAGGAUCUUGGUAUGAAACAGUACAACUUGGCUGCAUUUGAAGGAAAAUAAGCAGGGUGGAUUAAUUGCGAUUCUUUUGAUUAAAACCUGUCUUUUCUAAAAUUGUGAGAUGAUUCUGCCGUGAGGUGUGUUUAUCCCAGUAUUAUGAUUCAGAUCUAUUAGGUGAGCUGCACUUGGCUCAAGUGUAGGACUGCAUCUCCAAUUGCAAAAAAACACUUUUCCUGUUUGCCAAAUAUUGCUGUAAAUAGUAUUAAAUCGUGCUAAUUAGAAUUUCUGGAAAUUCCAUUGAUGUAGCCCCUCAACACUGCAGAAACCGUCUUACUCCCUGGGUUCUCUGGUGGCCUUUCCCCAGCAGCUGUGAGAGCGUCCUGUGUUCUGUAAGCCCCCUGCUGUCUCUGUCCCCUGCCUUCGAGGUGGGCCCCCCAAGGUGUCUUCCAUCUGUUUUAUAUCUUUACUCUAGAUCUUUUGUUGUUUUUUAAGUUUAUUUGUUUAUUUUGAGAGUGAGAGAGAGGGAGCACGCAUGUGAGUCGUAUGUGAGCGGGGAGAGGGCAGAGAGAGAGGGAGAGAGAGAAUCCAGACACAUUGGCAGCAUGGAGCCUGAUGCUGGGUUGGAACUCACGAACUAUGAAAUCAUGACCUGAGCUGAAACCAAGAGUUGGACACUUAACCAACUGAGCCCCCCCCCCCACCCCGUGCCCUUCAAUCUUUCUUUAUAUCACUUUAUAAAAAGGAACCUUCCCAGCCACACUUUGGGUCUCAUGGCCUCUUUCCUACAGGGCUUUAAUUCCAUUAUACCAAUUCUUACAACCCUGCCUUCUUUCUGUUGCUCUCCAUCAGUUUUCUCCCUUUAGACUGAAUAGCUGCUCAAUUCUCCUUUGUCAGAAUCAAACAAAAACAAAAUGGAAGCAACAGGAAAAAAAAAAAAAGUUCUUUCCUAUAUUCCCUGUAAGGGAAUAAUACCGUGUCAUCUAUGAAACAAAUCCUUGAACCUUCAGGGUGUCUUUGGAGGUCACCCCAUAUCACGGAUCCUUGGGGUUCUUCCACUCUUAUUACUGUUCCUGCUGCGACCACAGUGCUGACCAUCCUCCUGUCCCCCAUGUAGCCUGAAUCCUUUUAUAGUCUCAUACCCAGAUCGGAACUUUACAAAGACUUGAAGCGUGGGACAGGACGAAGGGAUUUAACAGAGUACAAGAACCUGUUGCAGCCUGAGAUAGGUGACCUCUGUUCCCAAAGGGUUUUCACAACCUCGCAGGCACUUGCCUGGAUUCCUCAUUCCUUACUCUCCACUGUCCUCUACAUGUC